AUGUCGCGUGAAAUCUACCCAAAGUACCCUCCGGACCUCAACGAGGAGCAGCUUCAAUACUUGAUUACUAAUGUCAAAGACUGNGGCAUUACUCUUGGGCUUUUCCGCUCUGACUACAUGGUCCAUCUCGACCCAGCGAACUCUGCUGCCAAACCUACCAUUAAACAAGUAGAGUUCAACACCAUCGCUUCAUCCUUCGGUGGACUUUCUACACAAGUCUCAAAGCUGCACAACUAUCUUCUUUCUGUCGACGCCUACCCGGAAGAAACUCAAUCAACUAUCAAGACUUCUUCUCUUCCACCAAGCACAUCGGUUCCGUCUCUUGCUGGAGGUCUGGCUGCUGGUCAUCAUGCUUAUGGCGAAUCGAGAAGUGGUUCUCCUCUUUGUGUCAUAUUCCUUGUCCAGGACCCAGAACGCAACGUNUUUGACCAAAGACACCUGGAAUAUACUCUCUUCAACGAGCACCAAGUCAGGGCUUUCCGUGUAUCUUUCGACCAAGUCAUGUCUCACACUAGACUCGACGAAAAGCGAACUUUGCUCUACACUCCUCCUCACACUCCCAACAAGACGUGGGAGGUAUCACUGGUUUACUUCCGCGCUGGCUACUCCCCUGAUGAUUACUCUGGAAAGGCUGACUGGGACGCUCGUCUGCAUAUCGAACGUAGUGCAGCUGUCAAAUGUCCUAGCAUCUUGACUCACUUGGCCGGCUCGAAGAAGGUGCAACAAGUCCUUGCGACCCCCAACUCGCCUCACCUUGCCCGCUUCCUUCCGGACAAGAACAAAGCUGCCGAGGUCCUCAAGACGUUUGCCCCAAUCUAUCCUCUCGACAAGAGCGAAGCAGGUCAAGAAGCUUGCAAGCUUGCGCAGAACCCAGAAACAGCGACUCGCUAUGUCCUCAAGCCUCAGCGUGAAGGUGGUGGCAACAACGUCUACCGCAAAGCCAUUCCCAAGUUCCUCAAGGAGACCCCCGAGUCACAUUGGCCGGCUUAUAUCUUGAUGGAGAUGAUUGAGCCACCAGCCUUGACCAAUACCAUUUUCCGUAAUGGAGAAAUUCAAAAGGGUGGCGUUAUUGGAGAAUUGGGUGUAUACGGUGUUUGCUUGUGGAAGACACAGAGCGGUGAAGAUGGUGUACAACAGAUGCUCGAGAACAGACAGGCUGGCUAUCUGCUCAGAACCAAGGGCGAUCAAAGCGAAGAGGGUGGUGUUGCAGCUGGCUUCGGCUCCGUUGACAGUGUUUGUCUCGUCGAUGUAUGA